AACCGUACUUGCCUUGACUACUGGUGGGAGGAAGGAAGCGAAGACGGCUGAAGUGAAUACUACCUGUAAAAGAAUUGGAAGAAAAAGCCAGCGUUUUUCAAGGAAUCAAUGUUUUGUUCACUGAUGAUGGAUCCCAGAAUUGGCUGGAUUCAACCAGAGCAAAAGGGUCCAGCUUGUGAUAAAUGGAGCAACGUGUUGGAGGAUGUCACCUCACCAACGGCGAAUUUGGUCGAAAAUCUUCGUGGAGGGGAAUUCAUCCCUUUAAAUCGCAAAAAUACUUUAAACGAAGUAGUGGAGAGUACCGUACUGAAUAACAUGAUAAAUUCGGAUAAGAAUCAUGCCAGUAAGAAGAAAAGGUUUGAGAAUCAAACCCCAUGGCGGUCCAAGGAUAAAAGCUACCCAGACGGGCCAGUUGGGCUUCACGAGGAAAUAUUGGACUUCUACAAUUUUAUGAAACCACGAACGGCUGAACAUGCUAUGCGACAAGAAGUGAUAGCGAGGGUUCAAGAAGUCAUUUUACGACUCUGGCCUACAGCUGAAGUGGAAGUGUACGGAAGCUUUCGGACGGGGCUCUAUCUACCAACCAGCGACAUAGAUAUUGUAGUGUUUGGAAACUGGGAGAGACCACCAUUAUGGACGCUGGAACAAGCGCUCACUGCAAACAAGAUCGCAGAAGUCUCCUCGAUCAAGGUCUUGGACAAAGCAUCGGUUCCAAUAAUAAAACUCACAGACCAAAAAACUAACGUCAAAGUGGAUAUCAGCUUUAAUGUUCCAGCGGGCUUAAAAGCUGCAGAAUUUGUCAAGGACCAAAUAGAACUUUUCCCUUGCUUGCCUCCUCUGGUGUUAGUUUUGAAACAGUUGCUCCUGACGCGAGAACUUAACGAAGUGUUCACUGGUGGUAUUAGUUCAUACAGCCUUAUCCUGAUGGCCAUCAGCUUUCUACAGCAUCACCCUCGGAAUGAGGGUAGAACAAUGAAACACAACCUGGGGGUUCUUCUCAUUGAGUUUUUUGAACUCUAUGGGCGUAACUUUAACUACACAAAUGUUGGCAUCCGAGUAAAAGGUGGUGGGACAUACUUCAGCAAGCAAGAGGUCUUGCUUAGUAUGGGUGAUGUCUUCAGUCCAUCAUGUGCUCUGUUGUGCAUUGAAGAUCCCUUCACUCCAGGUAACUACAUAGGUAAGAGUUCCUAUAAAUUUAUGGAUGUCAAACAAGCAUUUGAAUUUGCCUAUCAAACCUUGAGCAAAGCUGUUUUGAAGGAUUUUUCUAAUACCCAUGACAGAAAUCUAGAGAAGAGUGAAGAGGAAACAGGUGGUUACCUCAGCCGGAUUGUGCGCUUGACAGAUAACGUAGUUGAAUAUCGUGAUUGGGUAGCCAGUGUGUGGUCAGCAUACAGUGCUCCAUUAAUAACUCAAGUUAGCCAGUCAGCUCCAACAUAUGCUAGUAUAGCAAACAGACACAUUCAACCUGGUGUUUUUAAGACUCGAGGAGUAGCAUCACAAGAUGUCUGCAACAAAAGUGCCACAUGGCCUCUAGGAAGAUCACAAUCACAUGUUGAAACAUAUGUCUCGGUAAACAACAUGAUUUCAGAGAAAGAGCGAGAGCCAUUGGUCAGACAUCCAAGUGCUGACAGCCUUUAUGCUCUUGCUGGGGGAAUUGAAAUGAAACUGAACACAAACUCGGUGUGGACAGCAACCUCUGUUCGGAAACUAGCAGAUUCACUUGCCCAGGACAACAUAGCAAAGAAAAAGAUGACUAGUGAAACAAAAACUCUUAACAGUGCAGGUAAUGUUAAAUCUUCUUCAACUCCAAAACCUUCAGCUGAGAACUCUGGUGGCACAAGUUCUUCAUCACCAGUUACCUCUUAUUCAGGGGUGAUAAAACAGUCGUUGAUUUCUUCAUCAAAACAAACCCUGGUGACAACAACAAAGACCUCAGUACUUGACUUUUCAUCAAAGUCUAAAACUGUGUCAGUUUUGGGACCGACAAGUAGUGGUGUGCAAAAAAAGGCUGAUGAACAUAAGACCUCAACAACAAAUAACAAUAAUACGGUGGUUGCUAGUUCACCAAAGUUGGAUUUGAUGACUUCUAGCCACCUGAGCAAAGACAAUGGCAUAGGAAAACAAAGCUCUUCUCCUGCAGCUGUUUUGAUCCAUAAAAAGAACAAUAACAACAGCAAUCAAAACAACAACAACAACAACAACAACUGCAAAAGUCACACAAACAGCAGAUCAAAGAGUCCUGCCAAACAGAAACAUGGAAAAUCACCAAAGAGCAAAAAGGGUAGGAGCUCAUGACAAAGUUGAAAAGACUGCAGAGGUUUGGAGAACCAUGAUUCGCUUUUUCUCUUCCAGGAAUACUACACUCUAAAUUGUCAUAUGAUAUUUCAAACAUGCAUUUACAUCAUGAAAAAUAUUACUAUAGUCUUUUAGGGGGCAUUGAAACAGGAAUCAAUUCAAGAAAAAUUUAAAUUAUAGUUUUCAAAAGAAAAAAAAGCAGUAUGUACCAUAGUAUUUUUUAAUGAACAAGAAAAUGAUGUACAAUUUCUAUUAGAUGGAAAUUUCUCCUCCAUUUUGCCAUUCUCCUUUCUUGUAAGGCAUUUGACAAUUUGUGUUUCAAGAGUUAAGAAAUAAUUAAUUUAAAAAUUUAAUCUUUCACCUUUUUGAGAAAAAGCUUUGUAUCCACAGGAGGAUAGUUGUAUUUAAGCAUGCAAACCAUUGUAAAAUAAUUGUAAAUUAAUUAAUUGUAAUACUGUGUAGUUAGUACAUUGUAUGGUUUACACACUGAUUAGACCUUAAGUGUGAUCAUAUUCUGCUCUUUGUUUAGUAUUUAAACAUCAGAGAGUCAAUUAUUUUGUUGUUUGUUAACAUUAUACUGACAAUAGCAGUGUAAACAAUGUAUAUUUGUGUUAUAAUUUUCAAAGUGCUAGUGACUGUCUUGUGUUUUUUGCUUAAGGUACAUGCUAAUAUGUGUUUGAUGAAAAUAAGUAUUGACAGUAUUUAUUUGAAAUAUUUACUAGGCUUCAUUUUACUAUCAUCUUUUAUCUUUCUUUGGGUUUGUUGGUAAUUUUAUUUCACACAGGUGGUGGAAAAUAAUAGCCUUAAUCUUUUUAUUGCCAUGAAAGUCUGUCUUUUCUAUUUAAGUUGACUGUCGUUUUGGUUGAAAUAGCAGAUGGCUUAAUUGAUGGUAAAAAAAAAAAAAUUAAAAAACAAAAUUUGAAAUUGUAACGGGGGCUAUGCAUGAAGGCUUUCCUUGUGCUAUGUAGAAUUUAUUAAAGUGUUUUUACUGUCAUAGCAAAGUUAAAAUAAACACCUUGUAUGAGAAAUCUCAAGAAACAUUUUUUUACAAAACUGGAAAAGGAAGCUUUUCGUGUCUUCUUGGAGAAGAAGAAGGAGAAUUUAUAAGAAUUAAGUGUUUCAAAAAAAAGAACAAAAUAACAAACUGAACCGAUUUCUAAUAAAUAUGUUACGUCUUUAAAUAUGCACCUUUGAAUGUUAUGUCAUAGAAUUAUCUAUUUUGCAUUCCAGUAUAUAAUGUUUUCACUUGAGGGUAUAUAUUUGUCAAACAUUAUGCAAAGUGUUAUUUAUGAAAUUUAAUUCAUUUUUAAAAUAAAUGUAGAAUGGGUCGUUGCUGCUGUAGGGUGACUUAUAGUUUCUGAACUUGUUAAAAUGAGGAAAGCCUUGAUUGCAGAUUGUUAUAUAUUUUCUGGAAAAGAUGAGAAAUCAAGCGUCACGACCAGAUUCAACUCUGUAUCACAGAGAAUAAGUUUGUAUUAUAGACUUAGUUUUGUUUUAUUUUGUUUUUCAGUUUCAUUUGAAUCCAGGAGGGGUUUUGUUUGAUUUUGUGUUUUCUUAUAGUAAAACACAUUCAUAUCUCUUUCUUGUUUUUUCUUCUUUUCAUUCAAAAAAAAAAAACUACUCGGCAGUACUGUACGUAGUGUUUCAAACCUUUUUUUUUCUCAACAUAAGCUUGUGGAUGUGACCGACAGUUUGUUGGGCUGGCCUUUUUGAAAUCACUCUCCCAGUCAAAAAUAGUGAAAUGAAUAUUUCUUACAAUAAUAUAUUUGAUGGCAAAUGCUUGCAAAAUUUACACGAGGACAUCCCAUGAGCCAUAGGUCAUGGGAGCAAAAAAAUUAAAAGGAUGGAGUUACAAUUUUGUUUACAUCAUACUGAGUUUGUUAGAUCUUGUUCCAAUUCUCAUGUCGGUGUGACAAAUAUGUGUUCAUACGCAUUGUAGGCUUUUAGUAGAAGUUUUGUUCCGUGGGAAUUUACAGUGUAAAGGGUUGAAUAUUGCAAUUUAACAGUAUGGAUUUCCUGUAACCUUAAUAUCACUAUUAAGACAGUAGUUCUUGGUGUUAAUUAAAACCAGGCAGGUCAAAAUCAAGAAAGGAAGUUUUAGCAAGUCCUUUUAGUACCAUGCAACCUCAAUCCAGUGAACUGUGAAUGUUUGAGAAGCCAAAGCCAUUACUUUCGUUAACCACUGCUCAAAUAAUUAUAAAAUGUUCAUUGUGUUUCUGAAAGACCAGUUCAUGACUAUAUCAGUGGCCGGUUCCACAGGUCAGUCAUCCAUUUUUCUGUCUUGUAUGUCUGUUCCUUUUAACCAGAUGUUCAUCAAAUUGGGGUUUCACUGUAGUACCUAAAGAGUCGGAGUCUCCCGUACUUAAUUUAUUAUCUGCACAUGUUAAAUGUGCCAGGAUGGCUUUUAUGGUCAUGUACGUUGCACAAGGUGUCACUAGUCAAGAGAAGCUUGCCCUUACCAUAAAUUUUCACCGACAGUGGCAGACUCAAUUGAGUAAUUCUUUUGUCAUUUAGCCAAAGAAAGUCAAGUGAUCAAGUUGAUUUUCUUGAGAGUGAUUAUGGAGUCGAAACGCAAUGAAAAACAGGAGCCUAUCUUGACUUGAGGACCCUGCUAGCAACGUAGUUGACCACAUGGGGCUAGACUGAAUAGAAAGGAAAUGCUUGAAUUUGUUUUAUCAAAGCAUAAGUUUUUCUCGUAUUAAGUUGUUGUAUUCAGAAUUCAGUUUAAUUUCAAUUACUGAACUGGUUUCAGCGGUAGUCCAGUUUAUACUUAGCUUCUCGAGCCUGCUUUAAAUAUUACCUUUAGCCAAUAACAGAAGGUAGCUGAGAAGGAUGUCUAUUAAAUGUUUUAAGGCUGACUUUAGGAGUCAAAUAGAAUUGGUUGAUUGGUGACUAGCUCCCAGCGAAAUGCACCCAUCAACAAUAUUUAAAGACUUUAAAUUAAAUUUAACAUGCGUUGAAUAAGUAAAAGUAAUAUGUUUGUACAUUAUUGUAAGUCGUUAAACUGAUUUUAUGUAUAUAGAAAAUUAAGGCUCGAGGAGAGUUUGUGCUAUAUUUUGAAACGCAUGAAAGUAUCUGAAUUGCAUACUACGUUCUCAGAAAAUAUUAGAUUUUUUAUACUGACGUUAUGUAAAAUUACAAAAGUCUUCCAAAAAAAUUAAUAAAGUUGUGUCAGAUCACAAAUAAAAGUCCUGGUUUUAAUGAAAGUCUAACUUGACCCCGGCCUCGAGGCCCGAAAUAGCCCCUCUUUGUCCUCAACUCGUACCCAGAGCGUUCUCGUGCAUAAGCGUCGUUGCAUGGCGGGAAACAAAGUGCGGGGCUUGAUGACGGGCAGCGAGACUCACUUUCGUCCUCAAAAUCGUCUAUCCCUGCUUAGCCGGUAGGACCUUUGGCCGAGGAAAAGGCUGUUCUGGAGGCGUGAUUUGAUUGGAUAGAUGCUUGAAAUAAGAUUGUCACCUAUUCGCCGCUAGUUCCUUCCUAAAAUAUCCACUUGUUGAUCCCCAACUUAAACAGUUUGAUUACACUACCUACAGACCUUCAAAGAUUUUAACAAAUGUUACUAUAUGGCUUGUGUUUAUAGCCGAUAUGACGCGCGCUCUGAUUGGCUAAUUCUAGGGUAUUCUCCAGUAAUGCCCACAG